AUGAAAGUGCUGCCGUGUGCGAUACCGUAUGAGUGGCGUGCGGCGAUGUUUAUACUACGUGGACACUAUCGAUCCGCGUAUAAAUAAUUACAGUGUAGAGGGCAAUAUAAAUUAUAUUGAGAUGGCAAUACAAUGCGUUUGAACGACAAACCGACGGACAGACCUACAAAGUGACUCACUGCACCGCUGACCUGCAAACAUGUCGGUCGAAAUGACGGUCGAGCUGAACGAUGGACAUAAGAUGCCUACAGUCGGAUUGGGCACAUGGAUGGCUACAGACGAAGACGCUCUAACAGCAAGUAUUCACGAGGCUCUAAAAGUAGGCUAUAGACACAUUGACACGGCAAGCGCUUAUUGUAAUGAACACGUAAUCGGAAAGGUGCUAAAGGAAUGGUUUGAUGAAGAGAAAAUUACACGUGAUGAAAUUUUCGUAACGACAAAACUGCCUCCGUGGGGCUCGAAACCUGAAAAAGUAGAAAGGUUCCUGAAAAGGUCCCUCGAUCUGCUGCAGUUGGAUUACGUUGACAUGUACUUGAUACACGUACCAUUCACGCUCAACGAAUACAUCGGAGAAAACGGACAACCAUGGGCAGGUUUCAAAGAUGAUGGUAAUGUUGAUAUGGACGAAAGUACGGAUCUUAUUGGCGUUUGGAGGGAAUUUGAAAAGCACCAACAGGAAGGACUUAUAAGAUCCAUCGGUCUGUCUGACUUCAACCAAGGACAGAUCGAAAGAAUUUUAAAGAACUGCGAGAUACCUCCAAGUAACCACCAAUUUGAAUACAACGCUGCCCUGCAGCAAGACGACAUGGUGAAGUUCUGCAAAGAUAACAAUAUGGUUUGUACUGGAUACGCUACGUUGGGAUCUUCAGGAGCGUCGUCUUACAGAGAUGUUCCAGAACUUCUCACAAAUUCAAAUGUCAUCGAAAUUGGAGAAAAGCACAAAAAAACACCAGCUCAAGUUUUGCUGAGGCACAGUCUGCAGAAAGGUCUGGUGGUUAUUCCUAAGAGCACAAAUCCUGCAAGAGUCAGACAAAAUUUCGAGAUAUUCGAUUUUGAGUUGGACGAUGAAGAUAUGGACUCUUUAAGUGGUCUGGAUUGCGGCUUUAGAAUAUACGAUUUCGAAUCUGUAUUCAAAGGUAUCAAGAAUCAUCCUGAAUACCCGUUCUAACAACGCACAAGCAAGUAUGGAAUAGUACACACAGUAGGGCAUCAUAUUAGAUUACUAGGAUAGCUUCGCUUUAUCAGUUUAUAUUGCAGAUAUUUCCAGAGUGUAUUGAUUUGUUAUUAUAAUUGUUGUUGAGAGUCAAUAAAGAACUUUAGUUAUACCAUA